AGCGGGGCGGGGGCUUGAGGUGACUCUCCCGAGUCGCGGCGGCUGUGGCGGGCGGCGGCGACGACGGCGGCUCCUGCCGAGCCGGGAAACCGAAAGUGGGCGGCGGCCGCGCUGGUGGCCCCGGCGGAGACGGCGGCGGGAGCAGGGCCGAGAGACGCGGGGACGGGCCGGGAGCCCCCGGAACGAGAUUUUGUCUCCUUUUAAAAAUGGACGUGAGGGGGGCCAGGAGAUGGCUGCCAUGCACGAGGCCCCGGGGUCAAGCUCUGGCACUACAAGGAAAUACCGCAGCACCAGUGGAUGCUCCACAGGUGAAGAUGCUGGAAGCAGAUCUAGUUUCAAAAAUGCUACGAGCUGUCCUACAGUCUCAUAAAAAUGGAGUAGCAUUACCCCGACUCCAAGGAGAGUACAAAUCCUUGACUGGUGACUGGAUCCCCUUCAAGCAGUUAGGUUACCAUACACUAGAAGCCUAUCUGAGAAGUGUGCCAGCAGUUGUCAGGAUAGAGACUAGUAGAUCUGGAGAGAUAACCUGCUAUGCUGUGGCUUGCACAGAAACUGCAAGAAUUGCUCAGCUGGUGGCUCGUCAGAGGAGUUCUAAAAGGAAAACUGGGCGGCAAGUUAAUUGUCAGAUGAGAGUAAAGAAAACCAUGCCAUUUUUUCUAGAAGGAAAACCAAAAGCGACCCUCAGACAACCAGGAUUUUCUUCAGAUUUUUCUGUCAACCAAAAGCCUAACCCAGCACUGUUGAGAGACAAAGGAAGCCCUCUUGGAAUUAAGUCUGAUGUCGAAAUGCCACCUUACACGUUACACUCAACCAUCGGAAGUGAAGUAUUCAGAGAUGUUCCGGUACAGAGGCAGUUGUCCGUGCCUACUAACAACAGGUUCAGUUCAAAGGUAUGCCUCUCACCUGCUUUUCAGAUGCAACUCUCAAGAACCUGCACUAAGGAAAUGAGCGAUAAUUUAAAUCAGACUUUUGAAAAACCAAAUGUCACGCCUCCUGCCUCUUACACUUAUAAAUUGGAUGAGGUUCAAAACCGAAUAAAGGAAAUACUACACAAGCAUACCAAUGGCAUUUGGGUAUCUAAACUGCCACAGUUUUACAAAGAGCUAUAUAAUGAAGAACUGAAUCAAGGAAUUUUACAGCAGUUUGAACACUGGCCUCACAUUUGCACGGUGGAAAAGCCUUGCAGUGGUGGUCAGGAUUUACUUCUUUAUCCAGCUAAGAGAAAGCAGCUUUUGAGAAGUGAACAGGAAGCUGAAAAAGUGCCUCCAUCCCUAUUACCUCUGCCAAAACAAAUAUCACCAUUAAAAGAGUGUCCGACAGCUAUGCCAGGAGACUUUAAAGAGAAAGUUGCAGAGCUGCUGGGGAAGUACUCAAGUGGUCUUUGGGCCAGUGCACUCCCCAGAGCAUUUGAGGACAUGUACAAAGUGAAAAUCCCUGUAGAUGCCUUAAAAAAUCUUGCCUUGCUUUCUGAUGUGUGCACCAUUGACUACAUUUCUGGCAAUCCCAAGAAAGCAAUUCUCUAUGCUAAACUUCCAUUGCCUGCCGACAAACUUCUAAAGGAUGCUGAACAAGCACAAGGCGAUUAUGACAUCAAGUCUAUGAUUGAACAAGAAUAUAUGCAAAUAGAAGAAAACAUCGCCGAAAGCGCUGACGCUGUCCUGGAGAAUAUAGUGAUUCCUUCACUAACCAUUCCAACUGAGGCAUCCCCAUCUGUACUGGUGGUUGAGCUAAGUAACACAAAUGAAGUGGUUAUCAGAUAUGUGGGCAAAGAUUAUUCUGCUGCUCAGGAAUUAAUGGAAGAUGAGAUGAAGGAGUAUUACAGUAAGAACCCUAAGGUCACACCAGUCCAGACUGUGCAGAUUGGACAGUUGCUGGCAGUCAAUGCUGAGGAGGAUGCUUGGCUCCGGGCACAGAUCAUUUCAACAGAAGAGAACAAAAUUAAGGUAUGCUAUGUUGACUAUGGCUUUAGUGAAAAUGUGGAAAAGAACAAAGCAUACAAACUGAACCCAAAGUUCUGUUCACUCUCAUUUCAAGCUACAAAGUGUAAGCUAGCAGGAUUGGAAGUUCUAAGUGAUGAUCCUGAUUUAGUGAAGGUGGUUGAAUCUUUAACUUGUGGAAAGAUCUUUGCAGUGGAAAUACUUGAUAAAGCUGAUAUCCCACUUGUUGUUCUGUAUGAUACCUCAGGAGAAGAUGAUAUCAAUAUCAAUGCCACCUGCUUAAAGGCCAUAUGUGACAAGUCACUAGAGGCUCACCUUCAGGUUGAUGCCAUGUACACAAAUGUCAAAGUGACUAAUAUUUGCUCUGAUGGCACACUGUACUGCCAGGUGCCUUGUAAGGGCCUGAAUAAGCUCAAUGACCUUCUGCAUAAGAUCGAGGACUACUUCUAUUGCAAGCACAUGACCUCUGAGUACUUCAUUUCAAUACCCUUCUGUGGGAAAAUCUGUCUCUUCUACUGCAAAGGAAAAUGGCUGCGAGUAGAGAUCACAAAUGUUCACAGCAGCCGAGCUCUUGAUGUUCAGUUUCUGGACUCUGGCACCAUAACAUCUGUCAAAGUGUCUGAGCUCAGAGAAAUCCCCCCUCGCUUUCUACAAGAAGUUAUUGCAAUACCACCUCAGGCAAUAAAAUGCUGUUUAGCAGAUCUCCCACAGUCUAUUGGCAUGUGGACACCAGAUGCUGUGCUUUGGUUAAGAGAUUCUGUUUUGAAUUGCUCAGACUGUAGCAUUAAGGUUACAAAAGUGGAUGAAACCAGAGGGAUCACACAUGUUUAUUUAUUUACUCCUAAGAACUUCCCUGAUCCUCAUCGCAGUAUCAACCGCCAGAUUACAAAUGCAGACUUGUGGAAGCAUCAGAAAGAUGUGUUUUUGAGUGCCAUAUCCAGUGAACCUAGCUCUCCCAGUAGCAAAAGUGCUAACACCCCCAUUCUGGGCAACACUGGAGAGAAUUUCAGGAAGAGCCUCACAGAUAUCAUCAAAAAAUCCGUAGUAGACCAUAAGAGCUCUUUCUCCAUGGAGGAACUUCCUCCUCCCGUCCUCUUGUCAAAGCCAGGGGAACACAUGGAUGUCUAUGUGUCUGUGGCCUGUCACCCAGGCUACUUUGUCAUCCAGCCAUGGCAAGAGAUACAUAAAUUGGAAGUUCUGAUGGAAGAGAUGAUUCUGUAUUACAGCGUGUCAGAAGAGCGCCACAUAGCGGUGGAAAAAGACCAAGUGUAUGCUGCAAAAGUCGAAAAUAAGUGGUAUAGGGUACUUUUAAAAGGAAUCCUCACUAAUGGAUUGGUAUCAGUGUAUGAGCUAGACUACGGCAAGCAUGAAUUAGUCAACAUAAGAAAAGUACAACCCCUGGUGGACAUGUUCCGAAAGCUACCAUUCCAAGCAGUCACAGCUCAACUUGCAGGAGUCAAGUGCCUCCAGUGGUCCGAGGAGGCUUCCAUGGUGUUUCGAAAUCACGUGGAGAAGAAACCUCUGGUGGCAUUAGUGCAGACGGUCAUCGAAAAUCCGAACCCAUGGGACCGGAAAGUAGUGGUCUACUUAGUGGACACGUCACUGCCAGACACAGAUAUCUGGAUUCAUGAUUUUAUGUCAGAGUAUCUGGUAGAACUUGGAAAAGUUAAUUAAUCACUGCUUCUGAGACCUUGACAACUAAUUCAGAUUUUUCAGCAAUAACAAAAUGUAGUAGGCUUAAAAAAGAAUCUUAUCUCUACUACAUGGCUCUAGCUACUAGGAGCACUGAAAAGAAUAUACUUAAGUUUGAUGGAAGAUAUUUAACAAGUUUUGUUUUAACAGAGUUGACUUUUCAAAGAAAAUUGCACUUGAAUUAUUACUAUAAUAUUAGAAUAAAAAUGUUUAUCAAUAUAA